AUGGAAGGAGAGGUUAAAGGUGGAACUGUUUGGACAGAUGAGAAUGGAAAGGAGAUCAACAAGGGUGAUGAUGAGUACAUAAACAAGCCUCUUCCAUACUAUGGAAAUCUAGCUACCAUCUUCGGUGAUAGUGUUGCAACAGGUCAAUUUGUGAAGACCUCAAGUGAACCUCUUGCUGUUGAUGUUGAAGAGGAUGAGAUGAAUGUUGGAACACCAUCAAGUACUUCCAUUGACAAAGAAGACACAGCGGGUUCAGGCAAUAGGCCCUCCAAGAGAGCUAAGAAGGAUGAAAAUGUAGUUGAUCCUUUGGUUCACGCCUUUGAACUUGGUACUCAAACCAUAGCUUGUGCUAUACGAGAUGCUGCAUCAAAGAAAGCGUUGCCACCAGGUUUGUUUGAAGCUGUGGAUAGUCUUCCUGGUUUUGAGCUUGAGCACAAGGCUAAGUACUAUCCUUAUUUGCUAAACAAUCCUAAUGUUGCACAAGGGUUUGUGGAGGUGCCAUUGCUGUACAAGCUUAGUAUGCUUACUGAGUUCAUUAAUGGUAAUAUGUAG